AAUUUUCUGAAUUUUUCAUAUUUUCCAAAAUCGUAUAUUAUUUCUAGAGUAAAUAUUUUAAUAAUUUAGUAGCAAAAAAUGUUUUAAUUCGACAUGAAUCUUCUACACUACAUUUUCGAUGUGAAUGAAUCUGUGGUAUUGAAACUUUUUCGAAAAAUACGCGCUGGGAAUGACCAGUUCCUUUAAAGUGAAAUCUUCCCGGAAUUGGGGUACAAAAAAUGAUUUUUCCAUCUACGACUUUGCUGACGCGAAAACGACAAACAAGGUCGCCCGUUUACCCAAGUGUAACAAACUGUUGGUCGACGGUGCCAAUGAGAACGAGCUGGACCCUCUCGAGGACGAUGCCGGUCAAUCGUUGACCCGAGCAAGCCCUUCGGAUGGCACCAGUGAUGAAACGACUGAAAUUGGAAACAUUCCAUACGCCGACUACGUGAUCGAUAUAUGGUACCUCAUUUCAGAGCACGUACGACCCGAAGAUGUUUGCCGUUUUGCGCUAAUAUGUCGCAAAACCUACACAGUUGUUCAAUCUGCCAAGUUUUGGCAGCAUAUCUAUCAGAAGCAUUAUGAUUCCAGCGUAGAACUGCCGCGACGUCUCCAGCCAGAUUGCAUGAGCUUGCUGCGAGGGCUGCGAGCCUGUACGAUUCGAUCGCUUUUCUACACUUACCCGCCGUUUGUACACCGAAUCAGUACGGCAGCGCUGACCAAUCCACACAGGAUUACUGGCCGGCAGCUACUGUUCUCGUGGUAUUGUAAAAACAAGACCGGUUGGAACUAUUGUUUCAAACUGAAGGCUCGCCUAAUUCCCGGUAGUCGUGCCGCUCGUUCAUCGAAAAUGCAGCAGUUGAAGCAAUCGUUGGACUAUCUACAGGACAGCUACAUGAACUUCGAGGAAGGCUGCCAGAUUCUUAUCAUUACAACGGAUUCACUUCAUACACUUCCGCAGUACCACGAACAGCUGUAUGUGGGAUCGCUAACACAAACGCUUGACCAGGGAAUGCGUAAUUACAAAGUACGACUCCAGAUGGUCAACUACUGUCGGCGGGUAGUGGAUGAGCUCGUGUUUGUACCCGUACGACAACUACGAGUGUUGGAUUGGUGGGUCCCAGAGUACGGCCGGGUAGAUCCGACUAUCGAACAACAAGCUGUCGUAGAUAUAGUGGGUGAUUCCAUGAAUGACACUGUAUGGGACGACUUAUGAAUGAUGCGUGUGUUGUGAGCUAAUGGUUUUACGUUUCAAUAUAUCUUUCCGGUUGCGAUCUUA